CCAACUUGUCUGGAGUCGUCUUUCUUUCAGCCGACAAUAUGAAGUACAAAAAUAAAUUUCUAUUUUAGUUCAUAUGGGUAUUUGAGAUGAACUUACCAGCAUUUGCUAGAACAAUCUUAAAGCAAGGUAUAAAAGUGUUGCUGAAGUAAUAUUGUGUGAUAAUUUCAACAAAUCUUGUGAAACAAUGGGUGUAUCUGUUGAUGAAGCCGAAACUUACAAGAAUAAAGGUAACGAAGCCUUUAAAGUUGAGAACUAUGAAGAAGCGAUCACCCUAUACAGCAAGGCUGUCGACCUCGCCGAGAAAGACAGCCGCAACUUAUCAACUUACCUCAAGAACCGCGCCGCCGCUUAUCUGAAGAUUAAAGACUAUGACAAAGUAAUCAAAGACUGCGAUGAAGCCUUACGAAUAGUUCCGGAAGAUCCAAAAGCCUUAUUUCGACGGUCUCAAGCAUUGGAAUGUUUGGAAAGGUUUGAAGAAGCAUACCGCGAUGCUAAAACAAUAUUCACUGUAGAUCCUUCCAACAAAGCUGUGCAACCGGUGUUAACUCGAUUAUACGCCGUCGUACAGGAGAGAGCCAGGCAAAAUGCGCAGACUAGUAAUAAAGUGGAGCAGAUGUUCAAACUUGCCUUUAACUUAAAUGAAGAUUUAGAAAAACGUGAAAAGGCUAUGUCUAACCUGAUGGUGCUUGCUAAGGAAAAUGCUGGUGCCGAGAUAAUGUUAAAAAAUGGUGUAGUUCAUAAAAUACAACAGUUGCUUAAAGUUGAGAAACAUUCUGAUAUAUAUGUUAAUGCGAUAAGAGUUAUAAGCCAUCUUUGUAAGAGAAGCGUUGAAAGAACGAGAGCAGUGAUCAAGAUUGUUGGUAUUCCUUGGUUGCUAGAAGUCAUUGAUAGUGACAAUGAAGAAAGAGUCAAUGCAGCACAAUACUGUCUUCAAAUUGUGUUGAAUACCUUUUCUGGAAUGGAUAACAAAAAGGAUUCUAAACCAGACCCUAAACUCUGUGAAGAAUAUAAAAGUGAAAUAGAUACUCUACUUACUUGCAUUACUUACUCAAUAACAAACAGAGUCAUCACUGGACUUGCCAGAGAUGCAAUUAUUGAAUUAAUCAUGAGAAACUGCCAUUUCAGUGCAAUCAACUGGGCGGAAAGGUUUGUAGAAAUUAAGGGAUUGCAGAGGUUGCUUGAGGUUUGCAGUGAGUUGGAAGAGUACAAAUAUGAAUCAGCUUUAAACAUCACUCCUUCAUCUAGCACUAUAGCUGCUGCAUGCCUGUCAAGAAUUUAUGAAAAUAUGUAUUAUGAUGAAGCAAGAGAAAAAUUCAAUAAUCAAGUUGAUGACUUUGUAAAAGACAAGCUCAUGUCACCUGACUUGGAAUCUAAGGUUCGAGUAACUGUUGCCAUCACCUCUUUACUUAGAGGUCCUCUUGAUGUUGGCAACUAUGUUAUAUCAAAAGAAGGUAUUAUUGAGAUGAUCUUGGUCAUGGCUCAGACUGAAGACCCCCUUCAACAAAAAGUAGCUUGCGAAUGCUUGGUGGCUGCUGCUUCUAAAAAAGAUAAAGCUAGGACUAUAAUAGACAAAGGAGUUGAUAUUUUGAAAAAACUGUAUCAGAGCAAAAAUGAUGCUGUCAGAGUAAGGGCAUUAGUAGGCCUGUGCAAGGUUGGCAGCUUUGGAGGUGAUGAUGCUUCUGUGCGCCCCUUUGCGGAUGGUUCAACCAAAAAGUUAGCAGAAGCUUGCAGAAAAUUCCUAAUUAACCCUGCUAAAGAAAAUGAUGUUAGAAAGUGGGCAGCUGAAGGGCUCUCAUAUCUAACUUUAGAUGCUGAUGUAAAAGAAAAACUUGUUGAAGACAAAGCUGCCCUCCAAGCUCUCAUUGAAUUAGCAAAAAGUGGUGACCAGUCUUGUCUUUAUGGUGUAGUUACUACUUUAGUGAAUUUAUGUAAUGCAUAUGAAAAGCAGGAGGUUAUGCCAGAGAUGUUGGAACUUGCAAAGUUUGCCAAGCAUCAUAUACCAGAAACACAUGAACUGGAUGAUCCAGAUUUCGUCAGCAAGAGGAUAACGGUAUUAGCCAAAGCUGGUGUAACUUCAGGCUUGGUUGCACUAGCCAAAACUGAGAGUCAUAAUUCAAGAGAAUUAAUUGCAAGAGUAUUUAAUGCCAUUUGUGGUUUACCAGAACUUAGAGGAAUAGUUGUACAGCAAGGUGGAGCUAAAGUGUUGUUACCUAUGACAUUAGAGGGCACUCAGAAUGGCAAGAAACAAGCAGCACAGGCAUUGGCACGUAUUGGAAUCACUAUUAAUCCAGAAGUAGCUUUCCCUGGCCAACGUAAUUUGGAAGUUGUAAGGCCUCUUGUGGCAUUGCUGCAUCCUGACUGCUCUGCUUUGGAGAACUUUGAGGCCAUGAUGGCACUUUGCAAUUUAGCUGGAAUGAAUGAAUCUACCAGAAACAGAAUACUUAAAGAGGGAGGACUUGCUAAAAUUGAACAUUAUUUGUAUGAAGAUCAUGAAAUGUUGUUAAGAGCUGCCACACAAUGUAUUUGUAAUCUAGUUCAAUCUGAAGAUGUUAUUAAAACUUAUGAAGGAAACAAUGACAAAACAAAAUUCCUGUAUCUAUUGUGCCAAGAAGAAGAUGUGGACACUGUAAUGGCUGCUGCAGGUGCCUUGUGCAUAUUAACUUCUAUGAGCAAAAUUUGCUGCAGAAAAUUAUUAGAUGUUCAAGUUUGGCCAGAAACAUUGAGAUGCUUAUUAGCUAAUCCAAAUAAAGAAAUUCAAUACAGAGGUACAUACAUGCUCUAUAACAUAAUAUCUGGUGACAAAGAUAUUGCAGCAAAGGUUUUUGAAACUGACAUAAUGGAAAUAUUAAUGGCUCUGACAAAAUUAGAUGAUCCAGAAGCAAAGAGGACAAUUGAAAAUGCUCAGAAAUGUCUUAAUGCAGCUGAGGAAAUGGGUGUUAUUAGAAAACCUGAAGAUGGACCCAUGCUGGAUCCGUUUAAAGAAGCAGAGGAAAAUGAGGAAGAAACAUAAUAGAAAAUAAAGAUAGAUUAAGACCUUUAUUAUCAGCCAUUAUUUACUGAAGUUUAUUUAUUAGUCAUGUUAUUCUGAUAUUUUUUUUAAAAGUUCAGUUGUAUGAACAUGAGCGAACAUCUAAAACGCUCAUUUAUGGACUAUUUUAGGUAGUCUAUCAACUUUUUUUAUUCAUGUUCAUAGUCUUAUGUACUAAUAAAUUAGUUGUACUUAUCUAACAAAAAACCUAGAAUAAUAAAUAUUUAAUUUUGAUUGUUUGUACUUUUUUUAUAAUUUUUGUUAAUCAUUAGCAAUAAAUAAUUAUAAAUAUUAAAAAUAUAUAUUAAAGUUA